AUGGCUAAAAAGCAGAAGAAGUCGGGGGGAAAGUCGGUCGAAUUCAAGGAGCCAGAAGGGGUGAAAAGCAUAGACAGGUGAGCUUUUUAUUGCACAAAUUCCAAAAACUUGCCCCAUUGCGUGACAAAAAAUGAGCGGAGCCAAACCUUUGAACCUGUUGCACUGAACCAGCGUUGUCGGCCAAUGAUCCACAUAUCUCGGGACCAGGAGAUCCGAUCGGGCUGAAACUUGGACUCGAGAUACUUUAAUACAAGUGCAAGAAGCCUGCAAAGUGCAACUGGUUCAAAAGUCCAGGCCAAGAAGAACCCCCGCAAUUUUAUAUUAAUUUAAUGAACAUUUCUACUCUUCUUCUAAAAAAAACAUGGUUGCAGGUUAGAGCCAGCCGGUCGUGGAAUGAGGCCGUCCCCGUCGGCGAGCACGCUGAACCGAAUGGAACGGGAAAAGAUCGUGAUCUGGCGACAGCCGUUCACGACGAUCGCGUACGCGCUCCUAGAACUGGUGCAUCUGGCGGGCGACGUCCUUCUCAAACUGUUCCGCCACAAAGUGCUCCUCACGCUCACGCUCGCCUCGAUCGCGCUCGCCGUUUACGGGUACCACGCGGAGGGCGCGCACCAGAAACACGUGCAGAUCGUCGAGAAGCAGAUACUGUGGUGGGCGUGGUGGGUCUCGCUGGGCGUCCUUUCCUCGAUCGGACUCGGAUCCGGACUGCACACGUUCCUCAUCUACCUGGGACCGCACAUCGCCGCCGUCACCAUGGCCGCCUACGACUGUCAGACGUUGGAUUUUCCCGAACCGCCGUAUCCCAAUGAGUUCGUAGCGAUUUGUGUUCUAAAUUUGAGUCAAAAAUGCAAUUUUUCGCAAAUCCAAAAUUUCCUUCCGAUAUUGAAGUUCUAUGACUGUUUUUGCAGAGUUAAAUGCCCGGAGACGCGGAACGCGGUGGCGGUGACGUUCUGGCAGAUCGUGAACAAAGUGCGCGUGGAAUCGCUGCUCUGGGGCGCCGGAACCGCGCUCGGAGAGCUGCCGCCGUACUUUAUGGCCCGUGCGGCCCGAAUCUCGGGCCAAGAGCCCGACGACGAGGAGUACCGCGAGUUCAUCGAGCACAUGAAGUCGGAGAACGCGAAUCAGGGAGAGGAGACGGAGAAGCAGAGCAUCGGAGACCGUCUGAAGACGUGGGUGGAGCACAACAUUCACCGACUGGGCUUCCCCGGCAUCCUCCUGUUCGCCUCGAUCCCAAAUCCGCUGUUCGACUUGGCCGGCAUCACGUGCGGCCACUUCCUCGUCCCCUUCUGGUCCUUCUUCGGCGCCACACUCAUCGGAAAGGCGCUUGUGAAGAUGCACGUGCAGGUACUCGCACCGGAAAUUGCACAAAUCACAAAUAAAUCUUCAUUCGUUCAGAUGGCAUUUGUCAUUUUGGCCUUCAGCAACCAUCACGCCGACAAUUUUGUGGCGAUGCUCGAUAAAGUACGCUUUUUCUUCCCCUCCCAUUUAUAUGCAAAUUCUACGGUUUUUUUUUGCAGAUUCCCGUCAUCGGACCGCAUAUUCGCAAACCGAUUGGCGAUUUGUUGGAGAAUCAGAAGAAGACGUUGCACAGAAAGCCCGGAGAUCCGGUCGAACAGGUGAGCACGUGCGCGAAAUUCGGUUUUUUGAAAAAAAAUCCGCGAGAAACGACAAUUUCUUGCAGAGUUCGUCGGUAAUGCAAUAUUUGUUGGGCGCGAUCGUCACCGGCAUGAUCAUCGUUUUCGCGUUGUCGAUCGUCAACUCGCUGGCGAAAGACUACCACAAACGGCUGUGGGAACGGAAAAAGCAGAAGCAGCAGAAUAAGGUCGAGUGAAUAGGUACAAAGCACGGAAUCGACACAUUCUUUCAUCGUCAAGAACAAUUCCAAUGAUUUUUUUUCCGCACAAAUUUGUCUAAUUUUAUGCUUUGUCUCUUCAGGAAUUGAUAGAGAACGAAGAGGAAGAAGAUGAGGAAGCGCCGCCGUCGUCGUGUCCGUUUUUAUCCGAGGAGAAGGCGUUUGAAGUUGUUGUUGUUGUUAAAAAAUGA